UCCAAUUUGACAGGCAACCACCAGCAGUCAAAAAAGAACGAAGUGUAUUGGAAAAGUUCGGGCGAGCAAACCGGGGGUUGUUUUCGACAGUGUUUUGCAUUUCGACUUUAAUUAAAUCGUGGCCUGCAUCGAGCAGUGCAUCGCAACGAGCUAUUGCGUAGCAAGUGUCGUGUCGUCGUUUUGCAUAAACUCGGAGAAGGCCUUGGCCAGCGUCUUGCUAUUAUCGCACGCCGCGGCCUAUUACGUGAAAGGUUGUGAAGGUUUUCUGGUUGACGGUCUGUGGUUCGCUGCCGAGAGGAAAACAACGAGCGCAAACAUUCGCCAAGUGACAAUAAACAAAGUGCAAGUGGGUGAUAUUUUUCAGGCGUCCCGAGUUCAAUCACUGCGCGGAAGUGGAGCCCCGCGACACAAUGGUGGAGCCGAUUUUCGACUAUCAAUUCCGCUUAAUUCUCAUUGGGGACAGUACGGUCGGCAAGAGCUCCCUCCUGAAGUAUUUUACAGAUGGAAAAUUCGCAGAGCUCUCUGAUCCAACCGUGGGAGUUGACUUCUUUGCCAGACUGAUUGAGAUGAAAGACGGCACACAAAUCAAACUGCAGCUUUGGGAUACAGCCGGCCAGGAACGUUUUCGCUCCAUCACAAAGUCCUACUAUCGCAAUUCUGUUGGUGUGUUGCUCGUUUACGACAUACGAAAUCAUGCUAGCUUUGAACACAUCCCAUUGUGGAUGAUGGAAGCACAACGACACAUUGAACCACAUCGUCCAGUGUUUGCUUUAGUCGGUUGUAAGCUAGAUCUAGUCAAUAACGGAGGGCAGCGAGAAGUGACCACAGAAGAAGCACGAGCAUUUGCAAAACAGCAUGGCUUACAUUUCGUCGAGACGUCAGCACGGACAGGUGUAAACGUUGAGGAGGCAUUUCGAAUGGUCACACAAGAAGUCUACUCGAGAAUUCGGUCCGGGGAGUACAAAGUUGAAGACGGAUGGGAUGGAAUCAAAACGGGAUUCGCAAGACCUAGUACUUUGGAUUUUAACUUAGUCGUAGCCGAACCUGAGAAGUCGUCGUGUUGUUGAUUUGUUAUAGUUAUUUCUAGUUUUUCUUUUUUGUUAUAGAAAUGCUAAAGUGUGAACAUAUUAAGUUGAACGAACUCAGUCAAUUUGAAAAUUGGCGAUACAGGUACCGAAUAUAUAUUAUUCUGAACAAAUGUGUUAACCGACACUUCAGGCACCACUUGUUCCCCUUUUUGUUGGUUUCUCCGCAUUAAUUACUUUGACGAGACUGACAGAAAGUAGGUCAAUUUAUAGAAUACAAAUCGAAAUCUGAUAAGUUUGUGAAGCAUUUGGCCCAGUUAGGAUUAAGAAAUUGAGUGCCAGCUCAGUUAUUAAGGUCUAUGACAAUGUAUGCGUUGGCAUUUAUACAUAUAAGCAUAUUUCGAACAUUUCCUUUCCAAUUUACAAAUUAUAUGAAUAUUUAGCCAAAGAAUGAUUUUCGUGCAACGAAUGAUUGCGCAUCGGAAAAGUAGUAGAAAUUAUAGUUAGAGUUUUAAUAUGCUGACAAGCAUAUCCGAUUUCGAUUGAUUCAUUAAUGGGAGCAGAGAUUAGUUUGUUAACACGUCCAGUAAAAAAUAGAUUGCCAAAUAUUUUACAUAUUCAUUAACUGACUACGUCCAAUUCCAAAUAUUGAUUUGUCCUCCUUAUGUUCUUUGCUUAUGUACUCGCACUAGAACUACCCAUUACCGAACUUAUUAAUCACACUCUUUGAAUUCAUUUUAAGUGGAAUGGAUAUAAUAACAAAAGCCAACAUGCGAAUAAGUAUUUCAAAUGUAAACAUAAAUACGCGAGGAGAAAAUCGAUAUUAGAAAGAAGGCCGUUGGUAAAAUGUUUGUACUAUCCUUUGUAUAUAUUUGUUUCGUACCAUAGUCAUAAUAGAAUAUUUUAAUAUAUUUAACAAUAAAGUGAUGAUUUGGAAUAUAAAUAAGAAAUGCAGUUCCC